UAAUGAGUCUGUGCACAAUUUUUUUGAUGAUCGUUCACCUUGAUCCAACCUCCAUCCCACUCCUCAGCUGGCUGUACAGUGAGAUCAGCAAUUGCGGCUUCCCUCGUUUACCAUGUUACAAUAGCAUUCGACUACGAUGAAUCCUGUUUGGAUAGUAAGCACGCGAGCUUCGUGUUUGCAUCCUCGAAGCGUUCUCCGACCAUGCCUUAACAUAGACAGCCUCACUGCACGGCUCGCGCAAACCUCUAUUUGGACACACUCCGUUUCGUCGGUACCUGUUAAAAGCAAAGAAACCAGACUUGGGGGGCAAAGGGCGACAAAGCCAUGGCAGUACUCCAAUGCAGCCUUCAGACUUCCAGUAGCAAUCAGGUCGUUUGCAACGCAACGGAUAAUUCGGCAUUUCGACAGUCUCCCAGUAGACUAUAUGGAUGAAGAUGGACUUAAAUUCCGGAUUAAAGACCUUUCAAGGGAAGAGACGCAUGCUGUCUUCGGGAAGAAGAUGAUCGAUCCGGAUACUGCGAAUCGAAUGCUACGGGUUCUACAUGGCAGGAGAGUUGCAGGCACAUUAGGAGAUCCCUCAUAUACGAGCAGUACAUACGAAGCAAAGGCCAUUGAGACUGGGUUGAAAUGGCUUAGGAAAAAUGUUCCGGUCAACGAGAUUGAGUGUGCUGGCCUGAGGGCAGAGAAGGAAUUGGCAGAGAUGGAACAGGAUAUUGUCUCUGAUACUGAGAGACUGGGCCUCUACCAGCCUAAUUCUGGUGGCGGUAAUGUCUAUGGAGACAGCGUCAUUGAUCAGGUACGGAGAGCUAAAGAGGCAAAGCUUGAUGUCAAGGAGAAGGCUAAGAAGGAGCGGCUGAGCCAAGCAGAUGAGAUCAGACAGAAUACUGGCACAUUACAAACAAUCCGUCCUCAAUCUCAGGUGGAGCUCAGACGGCCAGGCGAGAACCCUCGUCUGAAGUACUAUAUCGAGCGGGCAAAGGUUGCGCCAGAUACACCACCAGAAAUGACCAAAUGGGAACGUCUCUGGCCAUCAGGACUACUUGCACUUGCUGUCAUCGUCGGCUCUGUAAUCUUUACAACAGUCUAUACGCCACCCCGAAGAGAGUCCAGGGCAUGGCCAGACAUGCCCCCAUCCGCUGCAACAGUGAUCAGCAUCAUUCUUCUUAAUACUAUCAUCCUCGGCGCCUGGCGUAUCCCCCCCGCCUUCCGUGUCCUCAACAAGUACUUUCUCGCUCUCCCCGGCUAUCCUCGCGCCCUCGCUGUGAUCGGUAACAUCUUCUCGCACCAGACCAUCGGGCAUUUCUCUGUGAACAUGGUCGUACUAUGGUUUGUAGGCGUACGUUUACAUGACGAGAUUGGUCGCGCGAAUUUCAUAGCUAUCUAUCUCUCCGCUGGCGUAUUUGCUAGCUUUGUCUCUCUUGCCUCCUGGGUCUUACGUAACAACUUUGUAACAUCGUCCCUCGGCGCUUCAGGUGCUAUCUGUGGUCUUGUCGCGACAUAUCUCUUACUAAAUAGUGAUGAUAAAGUCACACUUUUUGGUGUCUUCCCACCCAAGGAUUGGCCGUCAAUUUCGUCGCUUAUGCUUUUAGGGUUAAUGGUUAGCACAGAUGUUUUUGCUGUGUGGAAAGGAAGAAAGGUUACUAUGAUUGCUGUAGAUCAUUGGGCACACCUGGGAGGGUAUGCAGCAGGUGCAGCUGCCGGUGGCGUGAUAAGGAGACAACAGAGGGAGAAGAAGGAGAGAGAGAGAGAGAGGAGAGAAAGAAUCUGGGUAUUGUAGUCCCUUGCUCUUAUUUGUAAAUAGGAUGUAUUACUCUAGGGAAAGUGUAUAGAGUCAUACGGCGAACCUAUGCUAGUUCGCUAGCGGCCGCAUCUCUCCUACUUAUACUCGAGGCUCCUUAGGAACCUCUUCCUCUUGCUGUCUUUUCUACUUUGUAUUGUAGCUACUAAUGAAUCUUCGUUGUGCUGUCACACUCAGAACUGCGCCCUAGACUGCGCCUCAGAGCCAGUAGAUCGAAGGCCGCUAGCACACAGUAAACACGGUUCUGAGUAUAAGGCGAAAUUUGCUCCAAUCGCACGUUCUUGACUUCUAUAGAUAUGGAAAGCCACGACAGUGAAAGUUGCCUGCACGCAAACCGGAUAUAGCGAUAUUAAGUGAUGGAAAUAGGAUUACCUGAGGCUCAUCUUACAAUACAACGCCGCUGCGCACCUCACAGCACCUACUAAAAGUACCGAACUAAAUGCGAGAUACAUAACUGUUAACCUCUAUUCCCACCCUACUUCACCACACUCCCCUUUCCAUCAGUCAAUCGCAUCAAUCAUACUAUCAAACCGAGACCUCGCCUCCUCUGUCCAGCACUCCACUCAACUGCCCGGCUAUCCGUCGUGACCCCUCUUCGCAUCCGUCAAUUAUUAUUAUUUCUUAUCACUCCAGUAUCCAAUUGCUUAGUGUAUUGAUCUCUCAGCUGCCGCAAGUGAGGUGGUAGGACCGCGCAGCCACGCCAGAAAGAAGCAGACUAUUGUAAAGAAGAUGUUAAGCGACAAUUAAAAGAUUACAGCCGAAAAGCUAGCCAAACGUGAUUACUCUACUUUCAACGAUGAUUUGAAGGGAAAGUUGCCUAAGUUAGAGCAGUUAGCAAAUAAGGAGUUGAUGGUUUUUCGCUUAAGGAUUUGGGGGCUACUGUUAAGGCUGUUUCGCAACCAUAGAAGUAUCAUUCUAGACGGUCUCGGGACAAAGGAGUAG